AUGAAUUUUCCUGAUAUUAUCAGAAGUGGGAUCUUGGCCAUUAAGAAAAUCGCAGAGAAUUAGGAAAUAAACAAAAUAUGUGAUCACUUGAUGGACACUCUUCGAUUGUAGGACUACCCAAAAUAUUUGGAUAGGAUAGUGCUUCAAGAUGUUCGUAUAGAGCAUUUAUAAAAUUAGUGCGAUUUUCUGAAGAAUCUUAAAAAAAUCAAUGAGAAUGAGCAGGUCUUUAAUAUUUUGUUGAAAAAUGAAGAAGAAACUUAUCGGCUAAAUAAAUGUGUAUAGGAAUUAUAACAGAACAACGAGAAUUUGAUGAAAUAAAUUUACACCUAUGAAAGAAUGCUAAACGUUUUGAAUCAAAAUUAGGACGAUCAGAUCUAUCACUUAAAUAAGAUAAAGGUCUGGUAAGGAUUACAAACUAAUUUAGGAGCAGAGUAUGGAAAUCGUGCAGUUGAAAAUGAAAUUAUAAGACCAAGAAAAUAUACUCUCGAAUCCUUCGUAAAUGAAGAAACAAAUUAAAUUAUUAGAGAGCAAAAAGAAAUGAUUGCAUAUUAUUAAUUUUAUUAUUAAAUGAUAAUUGAAGUUAAAAGAAAUGAGGAUCUUUUAGUAAUUUGUAGAAUUUGCGAGAAAAAAUUAGAUGCUCAUCUCAUUACAAAUCAUCUCACCAAUUGCUAAUAAGUAUACGAAACAAAGAUGUUGUUAUAAGAAUUGAAUUGUUAAAUCCACUAAUUAGCAGAAUAGGCUUAAAACAAAUUUCGUACAACCAACACUAAAUAUUAAAUCCAUAAGGCCAAGCAAACUAGACAAAACCUUUAUGAAAACGGAAAGAGACAAUCGGUUUCCCUCAAUUAGCUUUAAUUAGAUGGCUCUAUAAGUGAUGGCACAGGAUCAAAAACAAAUAAGGCUUCUCAUUAAAACACAGGAAAGUCUCGUUUUGCACUCAUUGGAGCCCAGAAUAAAGUUAAGAUGCAUGCGGAAUCUGAUUAAAUCGUAGAAAUGCAAAAUAAAGAUUAAUCAAUUUAAAAUGGGUUAUUUGAUUAGAAUCACGAAAUUAAUGUAAAUUAAAUUAAAGGCAAACAAAGGGCUAAUUAAUAAUACAUACACUCUCCUUAAAGAGAAAUUCUGUAAGGAAGUUCACCAAGUUCAAAUGGCUUCGAUAGUCCUGCCUCAUUUGAUGAUAAUGUUGACAUCUUAAAAGACCUGAGACAAUAAUUAAAUUGCCUUAAGAUUAUAAUCAAUUAUACUGAAGAGACAAUUAAAAUCAAUAGUGGCACUCAAUCAAUUUAAUUUGAUCUUCAAACUCAAGUUAACUUAAUGAACACUAGGGAUUUUUAAGAUAGAGAACUACAAGACAUAGUUAAAUUAGCUUUGAAGUUAAUUGAAGAAAGAGUCCAAUUUACUUAAAAAAUAUCUAGAUUAUAAAAAUUAAUAUCAGAAGAAGAUAAACAAGAUAAUAUCAAUUCUCCUUUGGGAUUAAAAUAAAAUACAGAAGGCUUCAGCAGUAGAUCCCCAAAAAGAAGCCCAAUCUUAUAGAAUUGCGAGAAGUUGAAGUGGCUAAAUAAAUAAAAUAAUAAUACUAUUCAAGAGAGCUCAUUUAAGAAAAGUUCAAGUGAAUUUGGAGAUGAAGAGAACAAUUCUUAAUCCGAUGAAAGUGUGGAAAUAAAAAGACUCAAUAGAAACAGUUCAGAAGAGUCAUUAGAGAUGGAUAACUCAUCUCAAAAAUCUAAAAACAAUAUCAUCUCAUUCAAGGCAUUAAACCUCGAUGAUUAAGUGGAAGAGAAGGAUUUCGAAAAUGCGGAAGAAAAGGAUAAAGGAUAUUAUAGUGAUGGUGAUAUCAAAGUAAUGAAGAUAGCUAAAAAUAAAUAAUUGUUAAAUGUAACAUUAUAAGACUUCGAAUUUAUAUCUGUCUUAGGGGUAGGGGGUUUCGGUGCAGUUUGGUUGGUAAGCAAGAAAAAAACUAAGGAUUAUUAUGCAAUGAAGGUGAUUGACUGUCGUAAUAAAAAUAUGAGCGAAAUCUAAAAUUUAAGAGCAGAGAAAAACGUCUUUGAAAUAUUAGAAGGUGACUUUGUAGUCAAAGCUUUCUAUUCAUUUAUCUAAGAUCAAUGUUUAUUAUUUCUUUUAGAAUAUAUGAUGGGUGGGGACUUUAGUUAAGUGUUGUUUUAAUAUGGUAGACUAUCGGAAUAGGUUGCAAAGUUCUAUUUAGCAGAAUUGCUUUUAGCUAUUGAGUCAUUGCAUAAGAAAGGAAUUAUCCAUAGAGACCUUAAACCUUAAAAUAUUUUACUUGACUCUUAAGGUCAUAUUAAAUUGGCUGAUUUUGGAUUAUCUGAGAUAGCUUUAGUACAAAAGAUAAAGGAUGGGAAAGAUGGAAUUAAUUUAUCAAUCGAUCCUGAAGCUCUACCAUAGAAUGUUUCUAAAAGAUAGAUAAAAAUCAAAUGCAAUUUAGAAUUUCAUAUGCAAAAUUAUCCCAGCAAGAACAGUGUUUAAGAUAAAUCAUCUUCAGGAAAAAGAUAGAACAGAAUUAUAGGAACACCAGAUUAUAUUCCCCCUGAAGUUAUUAUUGGAUAGUCGAUAUCAAAUUUUUCAAUAGAUUGGUGGGCUUUUGGAGUAAUAAUGUAUGAGUUUUUGGUUGGUAUACCUCCAUUCAAUGAUAAAAGUAUCCCCAAAGUAUUUGAAAAUAUAACAAUGAGGGCUAUUGAAUGGCCAGAAAUUGGAGAUGGGGAAGACAUGAUUUCUAAUAAUGCAUAUAAUUUAAUCAACAAAUUAUUAGAGCCAAACUAUCACAUCCGAUUGGGUCAUUAAGGAAUAGAUGAAAUAAAACAGGAUCCUUUUUUUAAGGACAUAGAUUGGGUUAAUAUAAGAAAUGUAGAAGCUCCAAUGAUUCCAAUUCGUGAUCUAGAACAUUUAGAAGAAGAGUAAUGUAAUAUACUGCAAAAAUAAAAUGAAGAGAACAAAAUGAAGGAUAGACUACAAUCAGUUUAGUAUUCACACGAUGGAAAAUUUGAUGAGGUUGCAAAUCUUACAAGAUUCGAUCUUUUGGCUAAAUUAAGUGAGUAGGAUGCAAGGAAUGUCAUCAAAAAACAAUCAAAUCAAAAAUUUCAUGGAAAAUGAAAAUUCUAUUGAUCAAAUAAUCUUCUAAUGUAUAAUUAUACUUAAGAGAUAAAUAAUAUUAUAUUA